AUGACGUUCUUCCCGCUGAUGCACUACGUCGCCGAAGACGUUGACAGACGUCGAUAUUACUUAUGCGGAAAGAUCAAUCCACAACUAUCGGCAGUGUUGGCAUCAACAGCAUCGUUGAUGAUGUAUCUGGCGAUAAUCAUCUACAUCUGUUCGACGGGAUAUUGGUACAUAUUCACAACGCUUUUCAUUGGAGUGAUCUACUGGUCGGAGUAUAUUACGGGAUGUCUGCAUAUACGCAAAUCAUUGCUCGAUUCGUUUAUGACAUUCAUGAUGUUCUUCGAGUUGGCUAUAGCAGGUCUAUUAGGGACAUUCAUUUAUUUUACGGUUGCUUCAGAUGAUAACGACACGGAGUACGGAGUGAUGGUGGGUGUGCUGUCGCUGUUUUUUGUGCUGAAUGCGAUCAGUAUUCGUAUCGUGAUCAGGUUCAGCAACUUCGUUCUGAUCUAUUCUCACCUGAUCACGCAAAGUCUAUCCCAAAUCGAUUCAUCGGAACGCUCAUCGUCUCCAUCGUCCUCCGAAAAAGAAACACCCAAAUCGACCCUCUCCGGUUCAAUCCUAACAUCGAUCCCAAUCAAAGAAGACUCUAGUGAAACUGUGGGCAGCGUUGAUCACAAUCAUGAUAAUACCAACAAUAAUAUUGAUAGUAACAAUAAUAAUAACAACAACAAUACAGUACUAACAAUUAACAUCGGUAACAAAGUAAAUCCAAAACCACAAGAGCAAAUAACAACUGCUCAAGGACCGUUCGAAGCGUCAGUACCGGUCUCGGUCCCGAUCUGGAUCGCGGUGCAUUUCAAGAAGAGACGCAAAUGUCAGAUCGUCGCACCAGACUGGCUGUCAGUGGAUAAGUUGAAAGAGAUGAUCAAAAAUGAAAACGAUUCUCUACGAUUAACGCCGAUCCCGAAUUGUUUCAUGGAAAUUGCACAUAUCCUCAUUGAUAAUGCAAAGGAUGAUUUAGAUGAUGUUGAUCAGGUGAUUAUUAACACUCUGAAAACCUACGUUCAAGAUCUUUGG